AUGACUGGCCUAGAAGGGGCACAAAAUCUGACAGUUGCUGACAAGCAACUGACACCUGAUGAAGGAGUUCUCACGGAAUCUCCCAAAAUGACAAACAUCCACGAGAUCGUGGAGGAUACCGCCGCCUCAAGCGAAAACGGCGACUCAGAAGCAAAAGAAAUAGCUGCCAAGAUUCGUGCAGGUACGCUGGAGAACGUAGAAUUCACAGAAUAUGCGAAUUACCUUGGCACGCCAGGAAACGACCAAAUUCUGCGUGAGUUUUUGCUUCUGCUUGACCCGCUACCAUCUUCCAUAACAGGAACACUGCGAAAGCUUUCAAGCAGUCUCUAUUUUAUUGCAGAGGCUGCAAACCUUGAUACAAUCCUCGAGGCACUUUCUAGGCAAUGGCUAAGUGAGCACAACAAGGCGCACUAUCAGGACAACUACAAAUUGUGCCACAUUGUUAUGUUUGCGCUUCUGAUGCUCAAUUCUACUCUCCACAACUCAGAGGCCGACCUCAGCUUCACCAUAGAAGAGUUUAGGGAAAACACUAUCAACGCGCUGCAAAAAGAAAGCCCCGAUAUUGAUGUACCAAGCUUCAAUCGCGAACUCUCCUUGUGCUACUACCAAUUGGACAACGAACAGCUUCCACUUCUGCGGCCACCCUCGCAACCAAGAUACAGCCUUUCUGGGCGGCGAACAAACGGCAACGGGGGCCAUUCAAAUAUGAAAAAAGCUUCAAUGCUUUCUUUGGAGCGAUUCCAGACUAAUCAGUCUCUGAUAUCCACGCAGAAUAGUAUGGCGACGCUUACCUCCAGGGACACAACUGCAAACAGCAAUUACCGCAUGCGCAACAACAAACCAUUGCAAAAACUGUACUUGGACGAGCCCUUUGACGCCGAGUUGCAGGAUUUGAAUGGAACACCCUGGCUUAUGGAUUCUAUGGUCAAUGUUCAAGAAGCGUCUAAGGCCAACAACUCGACAUCGCAGCUCUUGUCGUCUCCUGUAACGCGCAAGCGAAAACUAAUGUCAUGGUUUCGCAAACACACCAAGGACACCAUUUUCAAUGAAAAUAUUCACGCUGCCGACACAGAUAACUGGCAGCAUGCACGCAUUCGCAUUUAUCAAGGGCGACUGUUUGUUUACAAAUUUAAAGGCUUUGGACGUGAGCGCUCCAUACCGAGGGAUAUUCACAAAUGGAGUCUUGAAAUGUGCAAGAGGUCAUGCUCGCAAUUUCACGUCUACAACCUCUACGGCACUAUUGCAUCGCUGGUUCAGGAAAACAUAGUAGCAAGCGAAAACUCAAAUGUGAGUAGCGCCAGCUUUUUGAUUGACUUCCCACAUGGCCUUGAUUCUACAAGCGGCCUUUCUUUCAGGUUCAAAACGCGGAACCAAGACGAAGCCAAGCAAUUUACUGCGUGCUGCAAUUUCUGGAGUGCUCGUAUUUCACCAAUACCCUCUGCCCAGGUUGAAAUGAUAUCCAAUGAAGAAUAUGGCUGGAGUCCACGUUUACUUGAAGGUGAGAGCGGUGCGGAACAGGUAAACUUAGCUCAGGUUAAGUUGGCUCAUUGGAAGCCGCUUGUAGGCCUUGACGCUAUUUUCUCCGAGCUAGAUGAGGGUAUUGCGCUGUGGGAUUUCGACUCUCAGCUGGGAAAUCUUCGCGUGUUCACUGAGCUUCUGGGCGCUCAGCUCGACGAACAUAAUGCCGUAAAACCCAAGAUGGUUGAGCUCUGGGCCAAAAAGGGGCGCGAAUAUCAACCUCAGUUCGAGGCCGCAAUGGAAAACUGGAACAACAAGUACUUGUAUCUCAACAAGCAAUACCAAAAGCACCUGGUCUAUUUAAAGGCCCUGGAGAAUGCCGUGCAGUUCUACGAACGCUCCAAAAGCGUCAAGAAUCCAGAAACAAAGAACGCAGCCAAAGAGCAGUCUUAA